UGUGCUGAGACUCCGCAGCACAGGGAAGGUUAGCAGUACAACCAUAAGGGAGCUGUGAUUGAUUUGAUGGGUGAAAAACUUAAUAAUGGCCACUGUGCACUGCUUAAUCAAGGAGAGGAAAAUGAAAUGGACAUUUUUGGUUAUCGAACUAGCACAUGCCGAAAAGUGUUGUGCAUUUUUGGAUACAUAUUCACACUUGGAUUUCUCAUGCUUAUAUUCUACUGGAAGCCAGAGUGGCAUGUGUGGGUCAACUGCAUUCCAUGUCCUCUCCGAGAAGCCGAUGUUGUCUUGCUUAGAACCACAGAUGCCUUUAAAGAACACACAUGGAAGAAAGUGCUGUCAAUCCAGUUAUCCGAAUUUCAAUACAAGUCCUUAUAUGCUUCCCCACAAGAUGAAUAUUCGGUCAUUAAAAAAUCGAUUAGAUAUAUACAAGUGCAGAAAAUCCGAUACAUAUGGGAUGACCAUGAAAAACUGUUUGCUAAAGCUGGAGUCUUGGAAGAUUACUACACCUGUGCCUCCAUACAUGAAAAUUUUGGGGAUGGAUUUGGCAAGGAGGAGCAGGAUGUUAGGAGGCUCAUCUGUGGGCAGAAUAUCAUUGAUGUUGGUAUCACUCCAAUAUGGAAACUGCUCUUUAAAGAGGUGUUGAGUCCAUUCUAUGUGUUCCAACUGUUUAGUGUGUGCCUUUGGUUUGCUGAAGAAUACAUUGAAUAUUCUGUGGCCAUCAUUAUUAUGUCGUUAAUUUGUAUUGGCCUCUCUGUUUACACUCUACGACAGCAAUCAUUUAAACUGCACAAACUAGUAGAAUCUCAUAAUAACAUCAAGGUUUCUGUGUAUGGAAAACAGAAAGGUGUUUAUGUGGAGGAGUCCUGUCACUUGGCCCCUGGUGAUGUAAUUGUGAUUGAAAGAAAUGGUCUCUUGCCUUGUGAUGCAUUGCUUAUCAAUGGAGGCUGUAUAGUGAACGAGAGCAUGCUUACAGGUGAAAGUAUCCCAGUUACCAAGACUCCUUUGCCGAAAACAGAUAACACAGAACCGUGGAAGGUUCACAGUGUGCAUGACUACAAGAGGCAUGUCCUCUUCUGUGGAACACAGGUCAUCCAAACCAAAGCUGCAUCCCAUGUGAAAGCUGUUGUCCUUAGAACAGGCUUUAAUACAGCUAAAGGCGACCUGGUACGUUCCAUCCUCUACCCAAAGCCAGUGAACUACAAGCUCUACAGGGAUGCUUUGGUAUUCCUUUGCAGCCUGAUUGGUCUGUCUCUGAUUGGCAUGAUCUAUGCAAUUUGUGUGUUUUCUUUGGAUGGGGCUGAUGCUGGGGAGGUUGUGAAAAAAGCUUUAGAUGUCAUCACCAUUGCAGUUCCCCCAGCUCUCCCAGCUGCCCUCACUGCAGGAAUCAUUUAUGCCCAGAAAAGACUUGAGAAUUCUGGAAUUUUUUGCAUCAGUCCCCAAAGGAUAAAUCUAUGUGGCACAAUUAACCUUUUCUGCUUUGACAAGACAGGAACCUUAACAGAGGAUGGUCUGGAUCUUUGGGGUGUAGUACCGUCUAAUGGUUAUCGAUUUCAGGAUAUAAUUUCAAUUACCGACAACACUUCUCUUUCCUGGGGCCCACUCCUUGGAGUUAUGACAUCCUGCCAUUCUCUGAUUUUCUUGGAUGGAAUCGUACAGGGGGAUCCGCUGGAUCUGAAAAUGUUUGAGUACACAUGCUGGGAGAUUGAUACCUCAGGGAAUCAAAAUCAAGAGGCCAUGGAAACCAUGAUUGUGAAACCAGGCCCUGAAGCAAAAAAGGUUGACAUUGAAGGCAUUGUUGUCCUGCAGCAGUUCCCUUUCUCUUCAGGCCUACAGCGCAUGUCGGUGGUGACACAAAUCCUUAAUGGGGAUGAAUAUGCUGUCUACAUGAAAGGAGCCCCAGAGAUGGUGGCCUCGUUCUGCAAGCCUGACACAGUUCCCAUCAACUUCACGGAAGAGCUGGAGCUUUACACAAAGCAGGGAUUUCGAGUUCUUGGUCUGGCAUACAAGCUUCUUGAGAAAAAUGAAAGUCAGAGAAUCAAAGAUUUAAAGCGGGAUGAGGUGGAAUCUGACUUAUCCUUCCUUGGGCUUCUGGUGAUGGAAAAUCGUCUUAAACUGGAAACAAGGCCAGUAUUACGAGAGCUCUUUAAUUCGAGUGUCAGGACUGUAAUGAUAACAGGUGAUAAUCUUCAGACAGCUGUGACUGUUGCCAGAAACUCUGGGAUGAUAAGUGAAGGAAGUAAUGUGAUUCUGGUUGACGCCAUGGAGCCCAAUGAAACUAACCUGGCCUCAAUCACAUGGACCCUACUACCUGGUCUGAAGACAAAGCGUUUCGAUGAUGUGGAUAUUUUUGUUGACAUACAAGAUAAAAACAAGCCAGACAGUGAAGUGAAGCCUUAUUAUUUUGCCAUGACGGGAAGCUCUUUUCAAGUUAUAUUACAGCACUUUAGCAAUUUGUUACAAAAGAUACUGAUAAAUGGCACAAUUUUUGCACGGAUGUCUCCAGGGCACAAAUCAAGUCUUGUUGAAGAAUUUCAAAAACUUGGGUAUUAUGUUGGAAUGUGCGGUGAUGGCGCUAAUGACUGUGGUGCUCUUAAGAUGGCCCACGUUGGAAUUUCACUGUCUGAGCAAGAAGCUUCUGUUGCUUCUCCAUUCACAUCAAAAACUCCCAACAUUGAAUGUGUUCCUCAGCUGUUAAAAGAAGGAAGAGCUGCUCUUAUUACGUCUUUUUGUGUAUUUAAGUACAUGGCCCUUUACAGCAUGAUUCAGUAUGUUGGUGUGCUUCUCCUAUACUGGCAAAUAAACUCCUUUUCAAAUUAUCAAUUUCUCUUCCAAGAUCUGGCAAUAACUACCAUAAUCAGUGUUACAAUGAGUUUGAAUCGUGCAUAUCCAAAAUUGGCUCCAUACAGGCCUCCAGCCCAGCUGAUCUCUCCUCCACUGUUACUGUCUGUGGUGCUAAAUAUCAUCUUCAGUCUUGCCUUACAAAUCUGUGGCUUUCUCAUUGUGCAAGACCAGCUGUGGUACAGCUCCAUUGAUAUCUUAAGAGCUUGCCAUCCAGCCAAUAACUCAUUUAUUCUGAGUAGUGGCAAUGAUACCUCUGUGUCCCAGAACUUGCCUCAUAAGACUAAAUACCAGAGCUAUGAAAACACCACCGUCUGGCUAUUAAGCACUAUUAAUUUCCUCAUUGUAGCCUUUGUGUUCUCAAAAGGAAAGCCAUUCAGACAACCAAUUUAUACCAACUAUUUAUUUGUAAUUGUGCUUUUAAUCCAGCUCGGAGUUUGCAUUUUUCUACUCUUUGCAAACAUUACAGAUUUAUAUAAUAGGAUGGAGCUUGUUUGUACACCUCUUAUAUGGAGAGGAUCCAUCAUUAUAAUGUUGCUCAUCAUAUUAUUUCUUUCUUCUGUUACAGAGGUAGCUGUAAUUGAAAACCGAGCACUUUGGGACAUACUAAAGCGCUUAACUCGAUACAAAUCAAAGAGCCCCUACAAGAAAAUACGCAGAGCAUUGGCCAAAGACUCCGACUGGCCUCCAACGAACAGGAAAGACCAUGCUAUUCCCACAGACUUAGCAUUAACAAGUGAAAUGGGAGACUAUAUCAAUCCAACUUUUGAAAUAAAUGAGAAAUUGUGACAGCUGUAACAGAUACUGGACA